GCGCCCGCCGCCCCCGGGGGACCGGCCCCGGCCCCGGCCCCGGCCCCGGUCCUGGUCCCGGUCCUGGUCCCGGUCCCGGUCCCGGUCCCGGUCCUGGCGGGAGGCGCAGGGCUCGGCGGCCGCGGGAGGAGCGGCCGGGAGGGCGACGAUGACUGCCGAGAGCGCCGAACCCAACGGCCCCGUGCGGGAGCCGGCGGUGGGGGGCACCAAGCCAACCCCCCCCCAAGCCCCGCCGCGGCGCCGGGGCCGCAGGCUGCGCCGCAAGUUGCCGCCGGAGGUGCCGGUGAAGGGGCAGCUCCGCAUGCGCUCGCCGUCGGGAGCCUUCGUCAUGGUGGGCAUCUCAGUGGUCUUGGUGGGCAUGACCAUCGCCGUGGUGGGCUACUGGCCUCACCGGGGGCACGGGGGGGCCGGGGCCGGAGCGGGGAACGCCAGCACCACAGGGGACAUGAGGAGGGAGGUGGCUGCCGGGCGCCCCGUCCCCCACAGUGAGAAGCUGAAGCUGAUCGGCCCCGUCAUCAUGGGCAUCGGGCUCUUCAUCUUCAUCUGCGCCAACACCAUGCUCUAUGAGAACAGGGACAUGGAGACCCGCAUGCUGAUGCAGAAGGGGCUCUACUGCAUGGCCACGGGUCUCCCCGAGGGGACCAGCCCUGAGGACGCGGACACCCCGCUGGCACCCAAGGCCAGCCCCGAGUGCUUGGAGGGCUGCUACGAGGUGGACCUGUCCUUGGGCAGCAAGUGGGCCGACUGCUAUGGCCCCAACCGGCUGCAGACCACGGCCGAGCUCCUGCAGCGCCCGGGGGCCUCCCCGACCGCCUCCCUGCUCAGCCUCCACAUGGACGGCAACCUCGGGCUCUCCUCCGCCGUCGGCGCCUUGGCUCUGCCCAUCAUCAAGCUCAACAACCGCUUGCUGGAUGCAGCAACGCGGGGGGCUGGGGGACCAGUGGAGGCAGUCGAGCCCCCUGCCGAAGCCCCGCCGCCCCCCUGGGCUCUGCUGUCCCCCAGUGGCAGCGGCGUCGCGUCCCGGGGCCAGGAGCACCGUGGUGGCCACGUCAUCGUCACCAUGGAGGAAGGCUGCCCUGUGGCGGAGCUCAGCCCCGAUGCUCAGCCCCACAACCCAGGGCACUCCAAGUCCCUGGACCUGAGCUGGCCAGGGGUGCUGCUGGUGGCUCCCAUCAAGGACCGCAAGAACCGGAGCUGGCCCCGGCUCGACCACGUCACCCCGGGGGCUUACGCCAAACUGGAGAACCGGGGCGAGUCCUCGGACCGGCUGCUGGAGCCUGGCGAGACCCCGCGCCGCGCCGAGCCCCGGCCCAGCUCCUGGGCAGUCGGGGUGGAGGGGGGCUCGCGGGUCUGACGGCCCCACUGGCUGCGGGGUCGUGGUUUUUAAGAGGACAUCGCCACACCGAGAGGUCCCCGAUCUCGGGGAAGGCUCCUGGGUUGGGACCUGUGCUCCUCCCUGCCUGCUCCUCUUCCUCAUCAGCUUCCUCCUGGAUGCUCUCGGCCCUACAAGCCCUUCUGCUGGCAGCUUUCCCGGAGGAGCCCUCGCUUUGACACCCAACGCAGACCAUGGGACGGGGACACGGGGUGUGCAAAACCCCACGGCACUUCAUUGCACCGGGGCGAGGGUGGGGGCACCGGGGGGGGUUCUCUCACCCAGCCCCAGUGGGAAAUUUGCUUGAGCAGCGCACGUCAGCCUGGCCAGGCCAUUAAAUGUUCUCUCGAUGCCA